AGGCAGAACAAAUUAUCAGGCAAUGACACGUGUUACGCAUAUGUCUUCUUUGUUAUGGAAAAAUAUGCAUGGCUCCCACUUCACCUGCAUAAAUACCAGCCAUCUUCAUUUGAUUUUUUGCAGGUGAGUUAGCUUCAUAUGUCACUUGGUUUCAUAUAAUUUUCUUCUUUUUGGAUCCUCCCAACUGUAUGGAUAAGAGAAAUUUUCUGCACACAUACAUAUAAACAAAAACACUCAUAUUUGCUUCAUAAUUCUGCCCCAACUUUGUACUUAUUCCUUCUUCCUCAAAAAUCCUUUUAUUGUGCUGAUUUUUCUGCAGCAGUUCGCCCAGUCAGCUCAAGCAGAAGGAGUACUGAAUAUAAAUGAGGAUCUCAUUUUCUGCCUGCAAGCAAGCACAGCCUCUGCGGGUGAAUAAUCCCGGGGGGCUAAACAUGGAUCAAUUUAUUCUGGGCCGGUGCCGGAAGGACAAGGUGGUAAUAGUAAUGGGAGCCACCGGCACCGGAAAAUCAAGACUCUCGAUCGAUCUAGCCACCCGUUUUGAUGCGGAGAUUGUGAAUUCAGAUAAAAUGCAAGUUUACAAAGGCUUAAACAUAAUAACCAAUAAAGUGGCAGAAGAGGAAUGUAGGGGAGUCCCUCACCAUUUGUUAGGAAUAGUUGAUCCUGAUGCAGACUUUGCAGCCGUCGAUUUCGUGAAUCAUGCAUCGACCGCUGUUGAUUCGAUUACGAGAAGCGGUCGGGUGCCUAUCAUUGCUGGAGGGUCUAAUUCUUACAUCAAGGCUUUGGUGAAUGAUGACAUGGAAUUCAAGUCAAAGUAUGAAUGUUGUUUCCUAUGGGUGGACGUAUGGAUGCCUGUCCUUCACUCGUUUGUAUUGGAAAGGGUCGAUAAAAUGGUGGAUGCUAGUUUGAUCGAUGAAGCAAGAGAAUUCUUUGACCCUGAAGGUAAUUACUCACGCGGGAUCAAACGUGCUAUUGGAUUAUCAGAACUAGAUGAGUUUUUUCGAAAUGAGUCAUUUCUUGACUAUGAUAAAAGGGCCAGGCUCCUUGAGGAUGCUACUGAUAAAAUUAAGGCAAACACAUGCAAAUUGGCUUGUCACCAACUACAAAACAUUCUUAGGCUUCGAAAUCAAUCAGAGUGGCACAUUAACUAUUUGAAUGCAACCGAAGCCUUCCUCAAAAGGGGCUUGGAAUCGGUUGAAGCUUGGGAAAGGCUUGUGGCCAGGCCUGCCACCAGAGUCGUGGACCGCUUUCUAUGCGAAGAUGACGUCAAUUUCAUGUCAGCAAUCGCUUUGCCACCUCCUAUCUAUCAAAUCAUGUAAAUGCCUCAAAUCAUUCUAAACACCUAUUAAGUUUCCAUUCUUUUCUCAUUAAAAUGAAAAAUUUGAUCGUUAUCCAUUACAUCAAACCACCAAAUUUGAAUUUCUAUCUCUUGUGUGGGGUCUAUAACGACUAUAUUUUUCAUUUUCAUUGUUCCAAAAAUGAGGAGUAAACGGGGACACUAUUAGUUAUUUUAUCCCUGGUCUUCAAUAGUACUUACCAAACACACGUACGUCUUUGUCAUCCCAUUCGAUUCCACCAGUUCAGGAUAAGUAUUCAUGCACGGGACAUGGCAAGAGUCAAGUCGACCUACCACUUAUCCUAUUUUCUACCUUUGCAAAGGUUGCUGUCAGGUAGUUAAGUACCUAAAAUAUGGGUGGCCGUAGAAUACGAAGCGUUUUAGAAAUCCGUGUAGGGAAUACUUUGUCUCCCCCUUUUUGGCACUGUAUAUGCAGUGGACUGCUUUGGAUUAUUCCCAUAUUUAUUUAUUUUUUUUAAUCUAGGUAUCCCAGUUUACACCAGACUAAAUCUUGGACCUCCAAGAUCCAUGCCCCUAGAAUCUUGGAGGGGGUAAAUCGCGAGUUAUGCCUCAACUGGAUCACAGGUUCUCCCCAUUGACUGUACACUUCUGCGCACAAGAGACUCUCCUCCACAAUGAUUAUUCCAUACCAAAUUUUUUGGCUUCAGGUUCCCACCAGGAAUCGAACUCUCUACCCUGUCGCUAGAAGCGAGCCAAUGUUAAUUGAUCCACCAAUUGAGCUGUGCCCCGGGAGGCCAAAUGGAUUAUUAUAUAUGUACCUGUAGUAGUCUUGGCAAAUUGUAAGCACUUUGUGGGGGUGCGGGGAAUUGGUCAAAAUAAAACUUCAAUAAAUUAUGUAAGAAAGGUGAACUGCAUUUUAGGUUUUACUUUUUUCCUUUUUUAUUUCAUCUCCCCUUUUUGGCACUGUAUAUGCAGUGGACUGCUUUAGCAAAUGGAUUAUUCUAUAUGUACCUGUAGUAUAAUCCUUUGCAAAUUGUAGGCACUUUGUGGGGG